AUGAACAAGAAGAACGAGGCGUUCCAUCCGUAUAGGUUUCGCUGCUUUUGCUAUGAUGUGUUCAAGGAUGCCACCGACAGGUUCGGUGGCAAAAACUUCAUCGGCGAAGGUGGUUUCGACCAUGUUUGCAAGGGUUGGAUUAGCUAUCGCACCAUGAAUGCGGCUAAACAGAAAAGCGGCCCGGCAAUCGCUGUCAAGAGGCUCUGGGAUGAGCAACCACAAGGUCAAGAUGAAUGGCUGAAUGAAUUGAGAUUCUUGAGCAAAUUGAUUCAUCCAAAUAUCGUGAAGCUCAUAGGGUACUGCGGCAACAACGAGCACCGAAUUGUGGUUUACGAGUCUAUGGCAAAGGGUUCUGCUUAUGAUUUCAAACCUAAGGAACCUGACUUCACCUCGUGCUUUGCCGGAAUAACAGAGAAAUGCAGGGAGUGCUUCGGUGCUAAGAUAUCGGACUUUGGCCUCACCAAAUUCGGCCCUCAGGGCAAUCAGCCUCAUGUCUCAUCCAAACUUCUUGGCACAACAGGAUACUUCGCCCCAGAAUAUAUUGCCACAGAUCAUCUAACCCUAAAAACAGAUGUUUACAACUUCGGGGUUGUUCUCCUGGAGAUCUUCACAGGCUCUAUGGCAACAAGGAAACAUUCCAGCGGGGCUGCCGGAACCCUCGUGCAAUGGGCGGAGCCCUACUUGAAGGACAAAGUCAAGUUGCAUCAUGUCAUGGACAGUAAGCUCAAUAGGAACUUCCUAAUUCAAGAAGCCCAGAAGUUCACUGAAAUCAUAGUCAAGUGCCUUCAUUUGGUCCCAAAGAGUCGACCGACAAUGGCCGAAGUCGUAGCUGGACUAGAGGAAGUUCAGAGCGUGAGCAACCAUAACCAGCCAAACUACGGCAUCUCUAGGCACCCUAGAAGAGGGCCUCUAAUAGGAAGGACUUGUUCAGAAAGGGGGAAAAAAUCAGGAUGGAAGUAA